AUGUCUAUAUCAAGCAGAACGAAACUAGAUGAUAAUUACUCCACAACAGUGUCCUAUUCACGCCAGCUCAACAAACUACAUCACGAGAGAACGUUUUGGUUCCAUCUGAAAACCCUUUAUCUGUUUACAAAGUCGGACUUCAAGACCGUGGUACUACCGCAAUCACUCUUUGCGAUUGCUUCGGUCUACUACAGCAAGGGAUUUAUUGGCAGUCCCCCACAGAUCGCGCUGCGCAUCACCUUGGCGCUCGUCUGGAUCUGGACUCAUCUCUUGGCCGAGGAUGUCUCCAACCAGCGACUGCCCGAUGCGAUUCUCGAGGACGCGGUGAACGAGCCAUGGCGUCCGUUGCCGUCGAAACGACUCACGGCAGCCGAGGCCAGCCUACUCCUUCGCUAUCUUCUGCCCAUCGCGUACGGGCUGAGUGUUCUCCUUGGCGCGACUGCUCCUAGUACGACGCUCAUGGCUGCUAUUUACCUGUAUAAUGACCUAGAGGGCGCAUCGUGUGGGCCAUACUUUCGCAAUAUCCUAAAUGCUGCUGGACUGGCGUGUUUCGGCUGGGGCGCAGCUGAGAUACUCCUGGCUGGCGUCACCACUGAUAUUGGCAUGCCCGUCAAGUAUCCUUAUGAGUGGAUCGGCUUGACUGCCGUUAUCGUAGCCACGACUGUCCAGGCACAGGAUCUUCCCGAUAUACCGGGGGAUGAAGCUAGAGGCCGACAAUCCAUGCCAUUGCUGUACGGAGAACUUUGGACUCGAGCUAGCAUUGCUGUCCUUGUUGUUCUAUGGACAAUGACGUGCCUCGUGUACUGGGAAGUGCAAUCGCCAACUGUUUGGCUUGUACUGCUAUCGGCCGCGCUAUCCAUUGCCAUUUUGACGUUGCUUUGGCUGGGGCAAGACUGGGAUGAAAUUGUUUGGAAGCUUUGGUGCAUUUGGACAACUAUGAUAUUCACACUGCCCUUGUUCAGUAGUGCUCCAAUAUAG